UUCGAAUCACCAUGAGCAGCUCCGACACGAUGGGCCUCGUGCCCUCUCUUCUCUGGAGCACGACGCAGGCGACUUGCAUGGUCGGCUCCAUCAUGUUUGUGGCCGCGCUCUGGCUACGACAUGUGCGCAAGCUGCACGGCGGACCACCGACGAGCAGCAAGCUUGCGAGCGCAUCGGACCACAACCGUAUGGAACCGACAGCCGAUGGCCAACACUCCGACAACAACUUUGGUUGCGGGCUCACGCUGCGCGAUGCGCUCAACCCAGUGUCGUCGAUCGACUUUAACACGCAGUUGCCCAUUCCGAUCGAGACGCCGCUCUUCCACGGCAAGGCGUACGUCUUGCUGCGUGACCCACGCGGCGAUCCGCGCUGGGACCCGCUCUUUGAAGGCAAGCAACGACGUGUGUGGGUCAUGGUCCAAGGUCAGUUCAAGCGUGAGCCCAAAGGCACCGUGUACCUCGCCGGCGAGCUGCCGCGCACGAUGGUACUCAGCAUGUGGACCAAGGCGUGGGCGGGCAUGAUCAUUGCGUCGGUCAAGACGCUCAUCGGCAAGCUCCACUUCUCGUUUGGCGACGACGUCGAGUCUCCGCACGUCGCACUACCGCUUUACCAGAGCGCCGAUCAGCUCGUGGCAACGCCGAUCAACGACGUGCCGCCCAAGCUCGGCAUGGACAGCUGGGGCGAGUCGCCGGCCGACCAGAAGGCGCGCAAGGCCACGCCCGUUGGCGACGAGGUCUUCCGCACCGAUAUGAUCUACUCGUUCCAGUUCCAUACCAUGUACAUCGACUUGCCGUCGUGGAACCUCGUGAACCUCCCGGGCCUCCACGACGUUGGGUUGCAGCACUUUUUCGGCGACAUGUCCCUGCGCCUCAGCAUGUACGAGCACACGCCGCGGCCGCACGAGGUCGCGCACAUUAGCAAAGAGUACUGCUUUGCACUGGACGUCGCACGCGGUGCAGCGUCGAUGGUCGCGCCCACCUCGGCUGAUUGCUGCUCAGUGCGCGACACGAGCACGUCGUUUGCCGGCGUCGAGUUUGACCUGUGGAUGUGGCUCGAGUACUUUGAUGCGACGCAAGACAUUCGCCACAUUGCGUAUGUGCUGCGCGUGCGCCUCGCCGACUCCAAGGUCUACACGGUCAUCUUGCCGUCCGAGGCCGUCGUGGCCAUCUUUGCCGUCAACCACGACGCGUCGCCGCUGCUGACACGGGCGCGCAUGGACGCAUACGCUGCAAUCGAAGACCAAGCGCUCGAGGUGGGUCGGCGGCUCCAGAGCAUCGCGUACGGCGGCACCGGUGCCGCCAAGGCCGAGCUCUACCACUGGCUCACGACGCCGAGUCCAAUGACGCUCGCGGCCGCCAACUCGGACAAGGCCCUCGGCGUGAGCCUCUGGCCGUGGCGCCGCGCGGGCAUGAACGUCUGCAAGGAAGGCAGCGCGUACCGCAUCCUGAGCGACACGUGCUUGCGCCAAGAGUACCUCAUCUUGACGUCAUCGUCGCUGCAGUUUUACCGCACGUACGCGUCGUCGCCGCUCCGAAAGGUGCCGAUGAGCCACAUGACGCACGUCGCGUGUCGGUACCUCAACGACCUCUUCGUGCUCGAACUCCAUACGUGGACCGAAGUGCUCUACGUGCACGUGCCCGACCCGCUCUCGUGGCAGGCCGCGAUCGAAGACCUCUGCGACCGAAGUCCGCUGCGCACCUGCGCCGCAGCAUUGCAGAUGACGGCGUGGACACCGUUCAACGCGCUCACGUACGAAGGGUACCUCGUCCUCAACUCGCGCAAGAUUGCCCACGACGCUGCCACAACCGUCUCGGUCGACCCGUGUCUCGUGGCAGAGGCCGCCGUUGUUGCCGGCGCUCGCGUCUGGAGUGCGCGCACGCGGGCGCACAAGCUCGCCUUCCAGCUGGCAGUACAAGAGCUGCGGUCCGUGGACUUGAGCCUUCUCGAGGCGUCGGAGCACAAGCUUGCGUUCUACUUGAACGUGUACCAAGUGCUCCUCAUGCAUCUGCACCUCGCAAUUCCCGCGCCCACGAGCGUGUGCAUGCACCAAGUCAUGUACGAGGUCGGCGUCCAGAAGCUUAUGUUGUCGCUCGCCGAGCUCGAGCACGUCAUGUUGCGCGGUGGCCUCGGUGCCGUCGAGGACGCCCCGUACCUCGACUUUGUGCCGCAGAAGGCCGCGUACCCGUCCGCGUACACGGCCGCCGCGUGCAGCAGCCGCGACUUUCGACUCAGCGCGGCGCUGUGCAGCCACCGUGACGACAAGGUCGUCGUGGUGUACGCACCGACAUGCGUGCACGACCAACUCAACGCCGUCGUGUCGUCGUACUGGCAGGCGCGCGUCGUCGUGGGCAGUUCGUCGCUGCAGCUGCCGCUGUCGUGCAAGUGGUUUGGCAGUGACUUUGGGGCGGACGACCGUCUCGUGCGCAAGCUCCUUGGGUUCCUCUCGGACGACCAGCGCAGCGGCGUCUGUCGCCUCCUCGAGGCGCCCACUAAUUUAUAUCCCGAGUUCAAAGACGGGGCCAAAGCCGCGCCGCACGGCUUUUCUAUUUAGUCGCGUCCGAAGUCGAGCGCAGUCGAUGGCAGCAACUAACUAAUAUGUGUGAACGUUUGCUUGCGGCAGAGACCAAGGGUAGAAGCAUGACUGCAGAGGUGAUUCCGUGGCCUUGAC